CCUCACCCCCUGAGAAUGUACGCCUGUGCCAAGUUCAUCUCUACCCCUGCCCUUGUGAGGAGCAGCUCUCAGAUGCUGAGUAGACCAUUAACUGCAGUGGCACUGAAAUGGCCAGAGGUUUGGACAGAUGAGAACCUCAGCAUUUUGGCAGCAUCAGGUCCCUUGACCUCACUUGUCCCCAGAUGUGGAUUCCAAACUAGCGCCAUCUCAAGGGACAUUGACACAGCAGCCAAGUUCAUUGUGGCUGGGGCUGCCACUGUGGGGGUGGCCGGCUCUGGAGCUGGGAUUGGGACUGUGUUUGGAAGUCUUAUCAUCGGUUAUGCCAGGAAUCCUUCCCUGAAGCAACAGCUCUUUUCCUACGCCAUCCUGGGCUUUGCCCUAUCUGAGGCCAUGGGGCUCUUUUGCCUGAUGGUGGCCUUCCUCAUCCUCUUCACCAUGUGAUGGAGCCAUUUCUGUCCCCCAACGUUUUUGAAUGUUCCUCCUCGUCCUGGUCCUUCCAUGUCUCUUUUCAGCCUGUGUAUACCUCCCCCUCCAUCUUACCAGGCAGCCCUGGGGAAAGUCAUGGGCUCAGGUUUGACAGAGGGAAGACAAAUAAAUACUGUAUUAAUAAGCUGUUAAAAAAAA